AACGUGUCCUCCUAUCGACCCAAAGUCUUAUCAAUCGCGCACCCAUGAAGCACAUCGCUCGCAGGAUGCUCUGGCCUAUUUCGCGUCUUGUGAGGCAAGGGCAGAGUGCUCUUUUGCCUUCCUCCUGCCGCCUUCUCCCCUCGGCACCCGAACACUGAUGCGCAACGGCGGCAGAUCCUCCCGUCUCCAGUCCUCCCCCUUCCUCUCAGCCUCAGUCGCCCACUCCCUCUCCAUGACAUCCUCCUCAUCGUCUUGCAGAUCCUCGUCUGCAUCCUCUCGCUCAGCUGUCGCUCCACAAGGCUGCUGCGUCAUGUUUGAGUCGUAGAAAUACUCGUAAUUUGGGUCCUUGUUGAAACGCUGUUGUGGCGGCUCGUAGAGUCCGUCGAUUGGUGGAGAAGGGCCGAGGAAAGAGAGGAGAAAGCGGCGUGGGGGACGGCGCAUGCAGAGCUCUGAGCAAGGGAGGUCAACGUGGUGAAGCGGUAGACUGUCUCGGCCAUUGCAAGAGCAGACACUGCGGCGUGCAUCAAAUGUGCAUGAGGCCCUCACCUGCGAAAGACAGACAAAGACGCCAUCUGCAGUGUCUCCUCGCCGUUUGUGUGUGUUGUGCCUUUUCUCACCGGCGGGGCUCGUACACAUCGGUCGCCGCGCCUGUUUGUUUUGCUUCCGUAGACACGGCAGCGUGACGAUUGUCCCCCUCCGACCACGUCAGCCACGUCGAAACAUUCCUCCCCGCAUGAAUGCGUCGCAGUCUGAGAGCGCCUCUGAGUCGUAAUGUCCUUCUGUGUUGCAUACGGUCUUUCAAAGUAGAGCCCCGUGCCGUUGUACGGCUCCCCAAGGCAGAGCAGCUGCAUAAAAGGAGAACGAACAAAAUAGC